CAGACAAGUGGUGAGAUAAAUCUGUCUCUUCCGAGUACAUAGUGGCACUUGUGUUGCUUAUCUUUCACUCGGAUUGUGGCGGCUUUCGAUUUUUCGAUGACUUGCUGCUGAUACCGGUCCAAACAACGUGGACAACACCCGUGACAGACCGACUCCGGCCUCCUGCUCGUAAUGACGCUAACGCCCACCAGACGGAAGAAGCUAGUACUGAUCGUCUGCGGGGCCGUGAUCGCUGUCGUGAUCGCUGCUGUAGUUGCUGUCAUCGUACUCGUUCUUCCGGAUCAAGAUGAGGAAGUUAAGUCCAGCUACCCUGAAGUCACGGUCGCCGAGGGAAGACUGCUUGGACAGUGGGUGGACAUUCCCGGAUCCGAUGUCAGCUACGCGUCUUUCCGUGGAAUCCCGUACGCCGAACCACCCUUGGGACCGUUGCGCUUUAAGCCCCCGCAACCAACUAGCUGGGACGGCAUCCGAACUGCAAACUACGAUGGCAACCAGUGUAUGCAGGAAGGGGGUGGGUCUGAAGACUGUCUGUACCUCAACGUGUACACUCCAAAAUUAAAUGGGUCCGACAAACUGCUGCCCGUGUACUUUUUCAUUCAUGGAGGUUCGUUCAUUUUUGGUUCGGGAUCGAGAAAUGUAUAUGGGCCGGAGUUCUUUUUGCUCCAGAACGUGGUCGUUGUUACCAUCAACUACCGUCUCAACGCAUUCGGUUUCCUCAACCUGGACAACGACAUCGCACCCGGGAAUGCCGGUAUCAAGGACCAGAUCGCCGCUCUCCAGUGGGUGCACAGAAACAUUGAAAAGUUUGGCGGUGACCCGAAACUUAUCACUAUUGGUGGCCAAUCAGCCGGAGCUGCCUCUGCACACUGGCUGUCCCUUCUGCCCGAAUCGAGAGGUCUUGUGCAUCGCACCAUUCUCGAGAGUGGCUCGGCGCUUCAUAGCUGGGCGUACAACGAGGAUAACUUCGACGUGGCGCUCGACCUCGGUUCCCGCCUAGGCAGGUCUUACCUUACGAGCGUGGAGGAAGUCGCGCAACUGGUCAUGGAGGUCCCCGCCGAGGCCAUCUUGAACGCUGCGCUGUCCGUGGUGAAUGACCGCACCAUGAGAAACACGACCCAGAUCCCGUUCGCCGUGUCACCCGAGCGGAGGGCCCCGUUCCAGGGACCACCGGCGCUAAUAACACAGGACCCCGAGAAGUACCUCCUGGCGGAUAUGAACCCGCUCCCUAUGUUCUUAGGCAUGAACUCGCGGGAGUGGCUCGGUGGCUUUUACUACUACGGGUGGGCGGCCAAGCCGGAUGUCAUGCGAGCCAGGAUACAAGACUUGUUGUCCGUUUUCCCGAAGAACGUGAUUCCAUACGGCGAUUCGUCGGCGUACCUCAACCGAACGCCGACACCGAACGAGUGGGACCAGGCGGUGUGGACUGUGCGUCAAAAAUUCUUCAAAGAUAACGCCACCGACUGUGACGAUACGUGCGUUUUUAAAAAGUACCUCGACGACAUAUUCAUUGGCAACGACAUCGCUCGCCUGGCCGAGCUUCGAGCGCGCAACGCAAGGUCUGAGACGUACCUGUACCGCUUUGCCGUCCGGGCCGAGUACAGCUUGUCGCCCCUGCAGGACCCGGAUCAGGCCCAGGGUGGGGCGGUGCACUCGGAUGAGCUCGGCUACUUGUGGAAGAUGGAGGAGCUGAACCAGACUCUCAAUGGUUACGACCUGGCUCCGACCACCCUGCGGCGCAUGGUCAGCCUGUGGACGUCGUACAUCAAGAACGGGACGCCCACGCCCGAGCACAUGACCGACGAGUACUACAAGGAAUGGAAGCAGGCUUUCCUCACAAACGAGCACCGACGUGCACAUGGCAACGUCAUCUACUAUGACAUCUCCGAUAGACCGUCCCUGAUGCAGCAGCCCAUCUCCAGUGUGAAUGCGCCGUUCUGGCUAGACGUCUACCAACAGUGUAGGGAAGGAAAAAGCACAUAAACUAACUUUAAGCUAACAAAAUCUCUGUCUAAUAAGUCUCCAGAUCCGAGAAGUUAGGCCAAGGUCUUGAUAACGCUAUCAUAGAGCACUAUCGGCACACUGUGAAAAAUAAUACUUGAAGGUUGUACAGAAAAAUUUUCUGUAAUGCGUGUCGUAAAAUAACAGUUCAAAAUUCUUAAA